ACUUCCUUGCAAAUGUGUUUUCUGUCAGAGGAGACCAGGCUGCCACAGUCUUGACACAGAGCAGGGAGUAUCACAGUGCUGUGCAGACUGUUGACCAAGUUCACAAACUAGACCUCAGAAACAGCGAUGAAGAGACGUCAUGGGAAUAAUCGCCUGUAGACCCUCCCUCUCUCCCUCCUCCGGUCCCAUCUCUUCCCUCCCUCUCUUCUUAGUGCCAGUGCUCUCCAGGCGAGCAAACAGUCAACUUCAACUUGACAGCAGCUGCAGAGCAUAUCAGGUUUCUACAGGACUGUAAGAGUCACACGCCCCUUACUGAAUUACUGGAGAUAAAAGCAGCACAACUGUCCUUCGCUGUCUGGCCGCAGAAGAGGCAUCAAAACAGAGCUCGUGCCAUGGAGUGAUCAGUUUACGAACCUGCAUUCUCCAGACCAAGUCUCUCCCCGCUCGUCUCACCUGUAAACAUGGGGAUAUGUAAGAGUAUGAGGGUUUGGAGGUGGCAGGGCAGCGCUGGAGCGCUCGGGGCCGGAGUGGGAGUGGUACUGCUGGGACUGGGCCUGGCCCAGUCUGUCCCUCCACAGACAGCCUGUGCAGCAGCUCCGGCCCAGCAGAGCCUCAUCCAGCCCCAUUACGAGGACACGACAGGGGGGUACACUAGUGUGGGUUUUAUGGCGGCUCCUGUACAGUCCUUCCUCCACACAGUCCAGCCUAAAGCAUUUCCUGGAGAUCUGAUCUUGGAAGUGGCCAAUGAUUAUGGGAAAGUGUUGUCAAAUCAAGAACUCAUCAAAAAAGCCCUGUUGUAUGAAGUGGGUUUCCUGGUAUGUGCAGCAAUUGGCAUCCUGUACAUCAUCCUGAUGCCCAUAGUUGGCUUCUUCUUGGCGUGCUGUCGCUGCUGCUGUGGCAACUGUGGUGGGAAGAUGUACCAGAAACAGACGUCCUCCAUUCACUGUCGCAGGAGAACUCUCUAUUGGAGUGCAUUCGUCACCACCGUCAUUAUCCUUGCUGGGAACAUCUGCAUGUUCAAAAGUAAUGAAGAUCUCAAAGUGAGUGUGGAUCAGGGUCCAACGCAGCUCAACGCAAUGUUAAACAAUAUCCACACCUUCCUCACAGCUGUGCCUCAGCAAGUUCGUUAUGUGGUGGAUGAGAGCUACAAAACCAUAGAAGAGGUUACCAGAAACCUAGACGACAUUGGUCCUCAGUUGGGAACUGAGAUCCAGGAGCGGUUCAAUGAAAGUCUGGGCCCAGCACUUCACUCAAUUAGACUUCUGAACCAAGAGAUUAGCACCACCACUGCUAAACUUGAUACCCUGAACUCAUCUUUGGCCCAGCUGCAGUCCAGCGUGGACUACAUCCACGCCAACAUCACCGCUGUCAAAAACCGCAUCAAUCAGACUUUAUCAAACCCAAACUGCACUGACUGUGAAAACCAAAAGCCAGGCCUGGAGAAACUAACACUGGACAUCACCCUCACUAGCCCCAGCUUGAAUGAGUUCCAGUCUGCAGUGGAUGAAGUCAACAGAAUUGAUCUCACAUUGAAAAUCAAGGAGGUUGAGGAUUAUUUUAACAGCAUCCCACAGAAGGUGACUGUUGACACCUGGGGUGUUAUUCAAAUAAGUAAGCAGGAGCUGGGUAAGAUAAAAACACAGAUCUCACAGGUUACUGGUAACAUCCCUUUAUCUACUCUGACCAACGUGUCGGGGUCUCUGAACCAGCUGCACAGAGAAAUUGGCAGGUUCACUCCAGAGGUCAUGAGAGCUGAGGAUAUUAGAUGGAAAGUGUGUAUUGCCCUGUGCUGCGUGGUGCUCCUGGUGGUGGUGUGUAACCUCCUGGGUCUGAUCCUGGGCCCUGUGGGUCUGACACCCAAAGCAGACCCCACAAAACGCUCCUGCACGGCGGACUGUGGAGGCACCUUCUUCAUGAUGGGUGCAGGUUUCAGCUUCCUCUUCUCCUGGCUGUUGAUGAUUGUGGUGCUGGUAUUGUUCUUGCUGGGUGGAAACAUCUACACCCUGUUCUGUCGGCCCUGGAACAACGGACAGCUGCUAAAGUUCAUUGAUAAAGAAUUCAUUCCAGAGAUACGUCAGACUUAUGGACUGCAAGCCAACAUCAGUUUCUCUGAAGUCUAUAGAGACUGUAAGGAAAACAAGCCUCUGUGGACAACUCUCCACUUGUCUGAUCUCGUAAACCUUGAUGAAUUCCUCAAUGUAUCUAGAUACACAGAGCAGAUACGGGAGCAGUUUGAGAAUACACACAUCAAUCUGUCCACCAUCACUCUCCUAAGCCCUGACAUUCAAAACCAACUCAGCAGCUUCUCUGCCAAGACUGAAAGUUUUGACUCCACUGCUAUCACACAGCAGAUGAACAACAUUUCCAGGAUUAAUCUGAAUACAACGGCAGAAAAGCUUGAUAUGCUUUCUGGCCUUCAAACUAACAGUGAUAGGCGAAAAGAGCUCCAAAACGAGGCCAAUGAUCUGAGGCAAAUCCAGGCCAGCAUAGAAACAACCAUCACCCUGCGAAUGGAAAGCAUUCACUCGACCAUCAAGAGUCUUCGAUCCGUCACAGAAAAAAUCAAUGGAACGGUGGGGGAGGUGCUCAGCAGCGUGGGAGCAGCACAAGACUUCCUCAACACAAAUACAACACAGAUCGUCAAGACCGAAAGCAGAAAGUUUUUGGACUGUCAGCUGGGUUACUUCAUUGCUUAUGCCAACUGGGCCAACCUCACGAUCACGCAAGAGAUAGGCCGCUGUCAGCCGGUGGUGGGAGCUUUGGACUCGGUGGACAUCAUCCUCUGCUCAAACAUGGUGGAGUCUUUGAAUGCAUUCUGGUUCAGUCUGGGCUGGUGCUUGAUCUUCUUCAUCCCCAGCAUCAUCUUUUCCAUCAAAUUAGCCAAGUACUACAGGAGAAUGAAGUACUCUGAUGUCUUUGACGACCACAUAAUUAUGAACCACAUCCCGAGGGCCCAGAUGAAAAUCACCUGAGAGGACAGCGUAUGUGCAGCACAGCUUUAAAAGAGUGCAGGCAUGACUGUGGCAUCCCUCGACAAGAUAAAAACACAUGGUGCACUCCUGCACAGAUGUGGCACAUUGUCACUCUAGUGAAAAGUCUCAGAAAAAAGAGUUAGACUUACAUCAUCUUACAUUUUACAUCUUACAUACAAUUACAAUUACACAUUUCAUACACCACACACAGCAUCUUUGAACUGAUCUCAGGGGGACAGAGGACAUAAGGGGUUCUUCAGGGAUCUUCAUCAUUUCAAAAAAACUUUUAAAGAAAUUUAUUCCAUUCAUUGUUUUACAUAAAUGUUUUGUAUCUAUUUAAAACUAAUUUUUGUUGAGAGUUGCAGUGCUUUCAGAGAAUGCAGCAGUAUGUUACUGUGCCAACAGACAUUUGCAAUAUGUCAGUCUCUGUCUGUUCUUCACACUUAUUUGGCAACCUAUGAAACACUUUUAAACUAUUGUUUAUAGUUAUACUUGCACUAAUGUGGGAAAUCAAAGCACAAUUGUCUGUGAAUCAUGAAAUGAAUACAUUUUUUAUGUGACAAAGACUGAAACUAUCAGCCACUAUAUCUGCAUAAUGCAACCAGAUGUUUUUGUUACCAUUUUCUUUGCAGAUAUGUCUUUUGUAAAUUUUGAUUUUGACUGUGAUUCAUGAUUUAAUAAUGAUUUUUGUAUGUUGUACCACUUUGUACUGAAUAAUAGAUUGUGUUUUAUCUGUCUGUUACACAGACCUUUAUUUGGUAUAUUCAAAACGUUAGAAACAUUUCUGCCAGUUCUUGUGAAAACUACUGUUAAAAUUGUUACUGACCAACAAA